ACUCACACACAACACACACAGAGUGCACACACACACUCUCACACUGAAAGUGACUGGAUUAUAUUCAGAGACGUCAGACCUGCUUUCACAAACUGACCAGGUUCAUGAUGGCCUCUAGUGAGCUCAGCUGUAUCCUGAACAUCACCAACGCCAACCUGUACCCGACCGAGCCCAGCCUGAACACCGUCAGCUUUCCCAUGAUGCACCGCAGCAGCAGCCAGUUCAGCGACGCCAACUACUGCACCAACUACAUCAGCACAGUCGGUUCAUGGCAGCAGCUGAGCCCUCAGUCCUGGAGCCGUCAGAACGUUCUGGAGUGGAUCAGUUACCACGUUGAGGAGAGUAAAUUCGACGCCACCCUGGUGAACCUGGACUGCUGUGACAUGGACGGAUUCACGCUGUGUUUCCUCAGCAGAGACGAGGUGAUGGGAACCUUCGGCCCUCAGCUGGGGGCCACGCUGUACCAGAGCCUGGAGAACCUCAAACACAGACACGCUCUGUCUGACGACAUCGUGCCCAACUACAUACUGGACGAGACCUACGACCUGCUGAACAACUUCCUGUCUGGCCACCCGCUGCUCGAGACAGUAAAGGUUCAGGACAUUCCACCAGUCAAUAAGAGGGAGAGCGACUUCGGCUACUACGAUUAUAAACCACAGCUCACGCCGGGCAGCGACCACGGCUACGACUCGUACCAGGACAGUCUGGACAGCUCCUUCAGAGGAAGUUUUCUGAGCCCGAGUUCUCCAGAGUCCGCCGGGAGCGAUUCAGAUCCCGACUACACCGAGGCCAGCUACAAUCCAUCACUGAAAGUUUUUGUGAAGCAGGAGCCCACGGAGAAGAAGAAGAGAGGACGACCCCCCAAAAUCAGCCGCGGCUCAGAUCACUACGUGGAGAACAAGAAAAGUAAACACGCUCCUCGUGGAACACACCUGUGGGAAUUCAUCCGAGAUAUCUUGAUCCACCCGGAGAAGAACCAGGGCCUGAUGAAGUGGGAGGAUCGGCGGGACGGCAUCUUCAAGUUCCUGAAGUCGGAGGCGGUGGCACAGCUGUGGGGUCAGAAGAAGAAGAACAGCAGCAUGACCUACGAGAAGUUGAGCCGCGCCAUGAGGUAUUACUAUAAAAGAGAAAUCCUGGAGCGGGUGGACGGCCGGCGUCUCGUCUACAAAUUCGGGAAGAACUCGAGUGGCUGGAGAAUCGAGGAUGUCGGGGUGUGAGGGGGUCGAGGACGAACUUAUAUAAACGAGGCACUUAUGAGAAUCGAGGCAGUGAGGUGGGACGGACCCGAGGAACAUGAAGGACAUUAGCGCCGGCGGGUGGGCGUGGCUCUGAAGGCUCGUUUUAUACAGACAGACUCUUCCCAGUGACGGGAAUAAAACUAACUAACACUGUAAGCCAGUUUUGGCUAAAGUAGGUUUUAUGAACCGAUAAUAACCUUCUUCUGUUAUUGUUUGUGUUUUCUUUUGAUUGACUCUUCUCAUGUCCAGUGGGCACGCGGGCGUGGCCAUCACAUGAUCUCUCACCAAUCGCCAGAGCUCGGCUAAUGCACCACACAGGCAAAAGUAUUAGGACACCCUUUAUAAUAUUAAAUAUUAAUCUAUGUGUUUCAGACACAACAAUCACUAACUGCUGUAAAAAAUCAGUGAUUUGCUUUGCAGCAACAGUUUAGGGAAGGCCUUUUUUUUUUACCCGGUUUAAAAACAAAGAAAUGGAUGAACCAGAACACCAACAGAUCAGUCAUUUCUUUCGAUCAAAUGGGCACAAAUUCCCACAGACGUACUUCGAAGUCUUGUAAGAAGCUUCUCAGAAUAGCAGUUGUUGUCACACAUUAGCUGUUAAUAGUGUUUGAUUUUGGAGCAGGACGUCCAACAGGCUCAUGCUCAGGUGUCCAAAUACUUUUGGUGGUGUAGUGUAGUGUAGGUGCAGAUAUGAGUUUUGUUUCAGUACUGGUUCUGAUCCACACGUUUACUUUCAUCUCCUAAACAACGUGGGUAUAAAAUCCUCACCAGAUCAGUACAAGUUUACACUUAAUUUACCCACAAUGCUUUAAAAAUAAGUAAAAUGCUGGUGUUUUAAUAGUUUUUAUGUAGUUAAUAACAUCUAUGUUUGAUUUAUUCUGCUAACAAUCAUUCAGCCAGAAGCAAAACAAUCCAGCUCUGCUAACUCUGCUGUGUGUUAGCCGUUUAGCAUUAAAGCUUACAGCAGGAAGCUAACUCUGCUGUGUGUUAGCUGUUUAGCAUUAAAGCUAACAGCAGGAAGCUAACUCUGCUGUGUGUUAGCCGUUUAGCAUUAAAGCUAACAGCAGGAAGCUAACUGCUGUGUCUCUGUUUUAAUGAAGUGAACGUGAUGUUAUCAGCAGUACUGGAACAAAACUGAGAGAAAAUACUCAGUUUAUGAUUGUAUACCUGCUUCAGGGAGAAAAUAAUCAAAGGUUCUAAUGUAAACAAGCUAAUUAAAGAAGCGAACGUUUUAUUGGCAUUAUAUUGUUAGUAAACAAACAGAAACAAUAAAUCAGUCGUUUAUUCUUUCAUUUAUGUGUAUAAAUAUUAAAUCUUUAUAUUAAUACAUGAGUGUAUUUAACCACGGUGUCAAUCAGGUGAAAAUCAGGUGUGUGGGUGUGUGAGUGUGUGUGUGAGUGUGUGUGUGUGUGUGUGUGUGUGUGUGUGUGAGUGAGUGUGUGUGUGUUGGGUGAGUGUGUGUGUGUUGGGUGAAGGUUAUUCUGUUUAAUCACACACGUGGUUUCUGUAAGACAGAUUCUCACUCAGAGAUAUUUGACUGUAUGACAUGUUGUCUGUAUCAGAAGUUUUUAUAAAAUAAAUCUGUUUAUUAGAAA